AUGUCGCUAAAUCGUCUUUCCAUCAUUUUUUGUUUAAGCUUCUUGCUGAUUAUUGCGAGUUUAGAUAAAAUCGAUGCCGCAAUCCAAGUGGUCCCUCAAUGCAGUAAAGAAUGUCAGCGUGAAGAUGGAGAUGUGAAAGGAAAACACAUUGAUGCUUGCUGUCAAAGCAAUGGAUAUCGACGUGGAUGCCUUUGUAUGAAGCAAAAUUGGUAUCAUCAAGUCCCAUCAAAAAAUCUCAAAUGGAUAAUCAACGGAAAUAGUCCAGCGUUGAUCGUCGUUCGAGAUCCGAUUGAGAGAUUUGUUUCAAUGUAUGCAUAUCUGUGCAAG